UUCGUCCGCCCCCGCCGCUCCGCUCCGCGCGCGAUUUUUCGUCCGUCCCCGCCCAGUGCCCGACGGUUCCUCCCCGACGGUUGCUCGCUCACGCUGUCACGCCUCUUCCCCCCACCUCCCCCAGGCAGUUCCACCUCGCCGCCGCCCUCACGCCACCUCCGCCCGCUCUCUCGCGCACGCGCUACACGCCUCCGCCGCCGCCGCUCGCCCACCGGAGGUCCGAAGCAUAAUCGCCACCACGAAGCAGCUCCGAAGCCGGCCGCCGCCGGCCGGAUCCCGGGCAAAUCCGGCCCUCUCCGCCAUAGGUGAGUACACCCCUAAGUUCCCCUCCCUCUCCAAUCCCUUUUUCCCUCCUCUCUGGCAUCCCAAUCCCCACCUCUCCGCGCGUCCUUCUUCAAGCGCCGCGCCUCCUCUCCACUCGCCCUCCUCGCGGCCGGGACGCUGCCGUCGCGCUGCCACCUCUCCCCGCGUCCUCCUUCCAGGAUCGACUCCUUCGGGGUGGUGGUGCAGGAGGGAAGGCCAAGCCGCUAAAGGCGCCCAAGGUCGUCAAGAAGGAGUACGACGAGGUUGAGCUAGCUCAGGAAAUCAUUCCAAGUGUUCUGGCUCAUGGGGUGUCUACUUAUUAAGAAGUAUGAUUUCACUCAACCUGGCGUUACUGUUUGCGGCCUGCUUUCAUUGUCUAACCAAUAUAUGUUGACUAGCUUAAAAUAAUAUUUUUGUCAAGAUCAUGAAGAUUGUAGUCAUCGUAAUACUGUGUUCUGAGCAUAGACCUUAAAAUCUCCAGCCCAACCAACAUAAAUAGCUAGCUUCUCCAACCAACAUAAGAAUGUUAAUGCUAGACAUAAGAAUGUUAAUGCUAGAACUGGUUAUGGAUGAUUACUUGCAGAGUUAAGUGCCAUUCAGAAUUAAAGGUAACUCUUGCUUUAAAACUCAGUUAGCAACUUAGUAUCGCUUCCUCUCUGUAUUCUGGUCCUUUUUUCUCUCUCUUAAGUGAUGCUAAAACUUGAUGAACUUGGAUUUGAGGUACCAUGAAAACCAUUUGAUCCGCUUCACUUAACCAGAUCUAUGGAUACAUGAAUUUAUCUGUUAUAGAUGCUCUGGCAUUUAUUUCUUGCCCCCUGCAAGUGUGAGCAAAAAAUUCUCCUUAUUUUUGUGGCUCUUGUGCCUGAAAAUAUACUAUUGCAGUCGCAUCGAGCCUACUAUUGCAGUAGCAUCUGCUUUGAGUAUUAAGUGAUAUGUAAUUCAGUAGUGCAAUAAAUUUGCCUGUUUGGUUUAGAAAUAAACAUACACGAACAGCCCAUUUGAUGCUGCUUCAACACGUUGUUUGCUUAUGCAGGUGAGUGUCCAAUAACAUGUAUGCAGUGUCACUUCUAUCUACUCUGUUUUGAAGUUGAUUUUGUCCUGAAUAAAUUAAUGGUAACAAUUGUUUGGUUCCAGUUCCACUAAUCCAGUUCAUGUGUACCUUGUUCUGCUUUUUAUAAUUUUAUGUACUUUAAAGGUGUGUGCUUGGUGAAGAGGUGGAGCGGACAGGCCUGAAUCUAGGACCUGAGCAUUGCCCAUUGUUGUCAUCCGAGUGAAGGGCUCCAAAGAAAAGGCCACGAGUAUAGAUAAUUGGUGAAAUUCUGGAAAUCGUACUAGGUCAGCUGCUAAUCUGACGACAUUAUUUUUUGUUGUCUACAACGCGUGAUCAAAGAUGGAUCCUCUGAAUAAUACUAGAGAACGGGAAAGAAGACCUUGUGCUACCCCACUAACAGAUGAGCAAAGGGAGGAGGAGAACAAAAAGAGGCGUGAGGAGUAUCGUGAAAGAAUUAUUACAGGCGAGCAAAGGGAGGAGAAUAACAGGAAGCAGCGUGAGGCAUAUAAGAGGAAGAAGAGUCAUGCACUCAACAAGGAAAAUGAUCCGGUGGGUGGAGUCAUGGCUGAACAUUCAAUGGGGUCGGAUUUGCUCAAAGGAAAAAGUCAGAAAAACAAGAGUCCCUUGAAGUCUGUUGAUACAAAUAUUGAAAUGAACAAAGAGAGGCAUAAUAAUGAAAAUGAUCCGGUGGGUGGAGUCAUGGCUGAACAUUCAAUGGGGUCGGAUUUGCACAAAGGAAAAAGUCAGAAAAACAAGAGUCUCUUGAAGUCUGUUGAUAUAAAUAUUGAAAUAAACAAAGAGAGGCAUAAUAAUGAAAAUGAUCCGGUGGGUGGAGUCAAUGGCUGAACAUUCAAAUAUACAGUGGGACAAGUCAGUAGAUUCAAAUAUUGAAGUAAACAAAAAGGGAUGUGAAGGUUAUCGGAAAAAGGAUGAUGAAACUGAUAGCAGAGCAAUUUCUGCAGAACCCGUCGUACCUAUCACGUGCACUCCCAUAGUCAUUGAGCGUUCGAUGUCUCUACCUUUCACCGAUGAAAUAAAGGAUUCAUACCCGGUCAGUGUUGCAACUUCUAAGACCAAGGUUUUAACCAGUGAACAGCGGGGCCGUAUAAAUAAGUGUCGUCGUGAAAUAUAUCAUGAGAAAAAACAAUCGAUGAUGCUGUGUGAUGUAGAUCGACGGGAGAGCAUAAAGCAACGAAGACGAGAAGCAAGACAUGCAAAGGAGGCAAAGUCUAAGAAGACUCAUGCACAACGUAGUCGAGAGUACAAGAUAAGAAAAAGAGUCUCAUGAGAACAUUCUACACCUGGAUUCCAUCGCUAUGGAGAAUCCACAAUUUACACCUCAACUCAUCUUCCCCUCCGAAGGUCAACCCACCGUAAGAGCUGAUGAUUUGGUUUCUCUGGAGUAAAAUUUAACACCGUUGUAUAUCCGGACUACAUCAGAUCAAGCUUCAGAAAACCAGACGCUUGAACAAAGCAUUGAGUUGCCAGUUGCCUAUCACGCAAAACUUCCAGAGACGUGGAAUUACUGUGGGGAGAGACAAACCCUAUUAGCGUGGCGAAAUCUUCAAUUUGAGUCAAAGAUAGGAAGAAAGCACAUGGGUUCUACUGAUGAAACUCCCACUCUGGAUGGCGAUCCGACUCAAUCUACCGUCAUCAAUCUAGGAGCAUCGGGCCCAACACCAGCACACCACACAACUCCUCUGUCUCAACCAUCCGAUGCUAAUGCAAGUGAUUUUACAACCAUCCAUACAACUUUUUGUAACACGGAGGAGCAUUCUUGAUGGUGACGAGGAUGUUGUAUUUGAGGAGGAUAAGAAAGAAGAGGAGGGUUACCUUUUCGCCUGACACGGUAUUUUCUUAUCCAUCUAAUAAGAUCAGUUAAAUACUUUGAUCAUUUAAUAAUAUAGAUAUAGAUUAUUAAUUAUUAUAUUCAAUAUAGAAGAAGACGAAGCUGAUGUGGAAAUCAACCUUGAUGAUGAAGAUAACGGUGCGCCAGAUGUGUUGGAUCCUUAUGACAUUUUGUAUGCCAAUGUCCCAUCGGAAACACAUAAGUUAGAGGCGGUGGAGAAUUGUGAGCGCUGCAAUGCUAAGAAGUUUGAGUAUGAAACUCCUGGAUUUUGUUGUCGCAGUGGGCAAAUACAUUUAUCCACACCCGACACACCUCCUGAACUUGAGGCUGUGGUCGGCUUCAGAUGAUGAUGCAAGGCACUUUCGUUCUAACAUCAGAUUCUUCAAUGGAUAUUUCUCAUUUACCUCGCUAUAUUGUCACCUUGACCACAUGACCACGGACAUGCGAAAUGGAGGUGUGUAUACGUUCCGUGCCCAUGGUCAAAUUUACCACAAUGUACGUUCAUUUGGUAUAGAGGAGGGUACUGAACCAAGACAUCUUGAGUUGUAUUUCCAUGAUGAUGAUCCUUCGCUCGAGCUUCAUUAUCGAAGAUGUCGAGAGGAAUGCCUAAGGAAAGACAAGGAAGUCAUCGACAGGUUGGUUGUGAUCAUGCGGGGCAACCCAUACUCAGAGCAUCUUAAGACUAUGGGUACAGUUGAUGAUCUGGAUGAUUAUCGUGUGGAAUUGAAUCUUGACCAAAGGUUGGACCAGCGAACCUACAAUGUACCUCUCACGUCUGAGGUUGCUGCGGUUUGGAUAGAGGGUAGCGAGUGACAUGGGCAGUUCGAGAAUAGUGUUGUACUCUAGGGGAAGGAUAGAUCUAUUCACAGCAUUCGAUCGUACCAUGGUUGCUAUGAUGCUCUGUCGUACCCAGUAUUCUACCCUAGGGGUGAGCAUGGGUGGCACAAUUACAUCCCAAAGGUGGGAGUCACAAUGGAGCAAGUAAAUGCUGCUCAUGAAGACCGUAAGGCACGUGCAGGCGGCGAGGAUCUAGGUACAUUAUCGAACGCAUCUAUUCAUUAUUUAUUUUGAUGACUUUUUUGGAUGGUUUAUUAAUUACAGUUACAUUCUCCAUUCGUGUAGGGAGUCCUGGGAAUUUAUGCGUAUCAGUGCGGGACUACUACUGCUACAAAUUUCAAAUGCGUCUUGGCAUUUUUAACCCAAUACUUUUCGGCAAGCGACUUUUUCAACAAUUUGUGUUGAUACAUAUGUUAAGAUUGAAAGCUCUCUAUUAGAUUACAUCAGAAACAAUUAGGACAGUAUAAGAGCUGAUCUGUACCAGGGUCUUGUCGAUAGUUUGAAUGCUGGUGAGGGCCGAGGCAAUGUGUUGGAAGACGUACUGUUCUUUCUACGUUGUUCAUCGGAGGUCCUCGUGACAUGAGGCGUCGGUACAUGGAUGCAACGGCCCUGGUACGCAAGUACGGUAAACCCGAUAUCUUCCUGACAAUGACCUGCAAUCCUAAUUGGAAUGAGAUCGGGAAUGAGCUGUACCCAGGCCAAUCAGCCCAGGAUCGGCCAGAUCUUGUAACUCGUGUGUUCAGGGCGAAGUUGGAGGCUAUGAAAAAGAAGUUGCUGAAGAAUGAUAUAUUUGGAAAGGUUCGGGCAUACGAGUAUAUUGUGGAGUUUCAAAAGAGGGGUCUACCACAUGCUCACUUCUUGCUCAUAAUGAAAAGGAAAUGGAAACUCACAUGUCCGGAGCAGUACGAUCGACUUAUAUCUGCUGAGCUACCAAACAAGAAAAAAUAUCCAGAGCUGUACAAGAUGGUGGCUAAGCAUAUGAUGCAUAGGCCGUGCAGUGUGCUAAACCCAAAUUGCCCAUGUACUAAGGGACGUUCUUCAUGCAAGAAUCACUAUCCGCGUCCCUUUGCGGAGUCCACCUCACAGGGGAAAGAUUUUUACCCUAUAUAUUGUCGCCGUGAUAAUGGGUGUAAAGAGAAGGUUCGAGGUUAUGAGCUUGACAAUCGGUGGGUUGUGCCUUAUAACCCGCACCUACUGCGUGCGUUCGAUUGUCACAUAAAUGUCGAGGCAUGUAGUAGCAUUAAAUCAGUAAAGUAUUUAUUCAAGUAUGUAUACAAAGGUCACGAUCGGGCUUCCAUAGCAGUUAGGGAGUCAGGCCAGGCUGACAAAGAAGGGAACAUAGAUGAGAUCAAGGCAUAUAGAGAUGCUCGAUGGGUGACCCCUCCAGAGGCAUUGUGGAGGAUAUAUGGUUUUGAUAUUAGUAAGAAUUAUCCGCCCAUACAACAACUUCAGCUGCAUGACAUGCACAUGGUGUCAUUUCACAAUCGUCAGAAGAUUGAACAUAUUGUUAAUAAACCAGGCGCCGAUGAAUCAAUGUUGACAGCUUAUUUUAAAGCAAACGGAGUGCACGAGUUUGCUCGCAACAUUUUGUACAGUGAUUUCCCAGAAUUUUUCACAUGGCAGUCUGAUGGUAAAUUUUGGCGCCCUAGGGAACGAGCUAAUACUGGGCAAGUUGGGAGGAUCGUAUCAGCUCAUCUAGCUGAAGGUGAACGCUACUAUCUUCGGAUUCUCCUAAACCAUGUGGCUGGAGCAACUUCAUAUGAAGAUUUGAGGACUGUUCAUGGUGUAAUUCAGCCUUCUUUCUGUGAAGCUGCUGAGAAAAGAGGAUUGAUGGAGGAAGACACUCACUUGAUGAGUGUCUUAAGCUGCCACGUAUCAGAUGCCAUCAUCACUACGAAGGCUUUUUGCAACAAUAUUGGUAUUUUGUGAACCGAGCGAUGUAUUCGCACUCUGGCAAAAACACCUGGAUGCAAUGUCUGAGGAUUAUCGUCGCAAUAAUCCAUCAGAUGCUAUCGUUGAGCAGAUGGUCCUAAUUGAUAUUAGAAACAUGCUGCAAUCAAUGGGGAAGGAAAUAAAAUCAUUCCCUCUCCCUGAGAUUGAUAACACUUAUGAUGACGCAUGUGGUGUUCCACAUGAGAUAUUCAAGGAAUCAAAUAUAGAGAGCAUCGAGGAUGAUGUGGCCUUAUCAGACUCCCUUAAUAAUGAGCAGAGGGCUGCUUAUGAUGAGAUCUUGUCAUCUAUUGAUUCCAAAGAUGGCGGGUUGUUUUUUGUGGAUGGCCCGGGUGGCACCGGGAAAACAUUCUUGUAUAGGGCUUUGCUUGCCAAAGUCCGCAGUCAGAACAAGAUUGCUGUUGCGACUGCUACAUCUGGGGUUGCUGCGUCCAUAAUGCCCGGUGGGAGAACAGCACAUUCCCGUUUCAAGAUCCCACUUACCAUUGAAAGUGGAGGAUAUUGUAGUUUCACUAAACAAAGUGGUACAGCGACUCUGCUGCGCACUGCAUCUUUGAUUAUUUGGGAUGAGGUUUCUAUGAUCAAGAAACAGAAAGUGGAGGCGUUGGACAAUAGCAUGCGCGAUAUAAUGGAUAGGCCGGAUUUGCCUUUUGGUGGGAAGACUGUUGUAUUUGGGGGAGAUUUUAGGCAGGUCCUACCGGUUGUCAGGAAGGGGUCGAGGGCUCAGAUAGUGGAUGCUUCGUUACGCAGAUCAUACCUGUGGGAUUACAUGCGUCACCUAAAGCUUGUGCGCAACAUGAGAGCUCAUAGUGACCCGUGGUUUGCUGAAUAUCUUUUGCGCAUUGGCAACGGAAUAGAGGAGAGCAAUGUUGAUGGUGAAGUUCGUCUCCCAGACGAAAUUUGCGUACCGUAUACUGGAGAUGACAAUGAUCUUGAUAGAUUAAUUCAAUGUAUCUUCCCUAACCUUAAUGAGAACAUGGCAAACAAGGACUACAUCACUUCGAGAGCUAUUUUGUCCACAGCAAUGAUUGGGUUGAUAGUAUUAAUAUGAAGAUGAUUGGAUCUUUCCAAGGUGGGGAGGUGGAGUAUUAUAGUUUUGAUUCUGCUGUGGAUGAUCCACACAACUACUAUCCAUCGGAGUUUCUUAACACGCUUACACCUAAUGGAUUGCCUCCACAUGUGUUAAAGCUAAAGGUAGGUUGUCCAAUAAUAUUGCUUCGGAACAUUGAUCCUGCUAAUGGUUUAUGUAAUGGUACGAGGUUGGUUGUCCGUGGUUUCAAAAGAAAUACUAUCGAUGCUGAAAUCGUGUUGGGCCAGCAUGCUGGAAAACGAGGUUUCCUCCCUCGGAUACCAUUUUGCCCCUCUGAUGAUGAGAUGUUCCCGUUUCAAUUCAAAAGAAAACAGUUUCCUAUCCGACUCAGUUUUGCCAUGAUGGUUAACAAGUCACAGGGGCAGACUAUCCCUAACAUCGGUGUUUACCUUCCUGACCCCGUUUUCUCGCAUGGGCAAUUGUAUGUCGCAAUGUCAAGGGCAACUGCUAGAACAAACAUCAAGAUUCUGGCACUUCCACCUAAUGCCACUGAGCUGGAGGAAAGAUCUAAAAAGGAGAAGAAAAAAGCCGAAAGGAAAGGUAAGGAGAUAGUUAAUAACAAGAAAGAAAAGAAAACGACCCCAGUGUACAAUGGGACAUAUACGAAGAAUAUUGUAUACAAGGAGGUCCUAAGUCCUAACAGCAUAGUAUAGAGAUUUGUGUAGUCACUUUGCUCUAUGUGUCCUCUUUUUCGAUGAGCUUGACUCUCUUCCUAUUCAAGGGGAGGCAGCGAUGGUGAUGCUGGAUGGUGACGCUGGAGGUGCUACAAACAGGGCAUUGAAGAUUUAAAUGCUUAUCGGAAACUGCUACCUGUGAAUGUUAAAGAUUAUCUUAGCCGCAUCACAGAUAAAAAAUAUAAAAUAGAAUAUAGUGUACAAUUGGUUGAAUAUUUAGUUGUCUUUGGUGACAAUAGUGAUCCAAUUGCUUUGAUUUAUUUCACCAUAACUUUUAGAGUGACAACGUUAUAUACAAUGAAUGUUGUUAUUUGCUGAUA